UUAGAGCUGAACUUUGCAGGACACCGGCCCUCCAGGACUGAGUUUGGGCACCCCUGCUGUAGAGGUCUUGUGGUCUAUUUCCCAUUGGAAAAGGAUGUUGGUUUGAGUACAUAUUAGUCAUGGGAACGCUGACUUCCCCAGGGAUCUGCUGAGGCAUUCCAAACAGGUAGCAAUGUGAAAGGACAAGUGAAAGAACAGGUUUUCCUGGUUGUGAGCUGGAGCUCAAGGCUAGAGAUGUUUAAUGGAAAAAAUACAGAGGAGGAGCUCAGCCCUGCAUUCCACAAUCUCCGUACCGAAACCACAGAGCCCCCCUCUCCCUUCUCUUCAGUUCCCUUCUUUUGCUUUUCAUGAGAGAGGCAGUUCUGCUUGGGAAGGAAGCUACCAUUCCUACACCACGGGGGCUGCCGAAUCAGCUGGACCAGAGAUACAGGCAUUCUCUAUUCUCCUCCCCCCCCAUUAGUUUCUUCUCAAUAGUCUGAUCCCAAAAAGGAGGGGUGGACGGGGGAGUUAACUGGCAGCCAGCUGAUCUUUGCUGUGGUAUUCUGCGAGGGGAAAGGAGACUGCAAACUCUUCGUUACUCGGCUGCACCGAGAGAGGAAGCCGCAAGAGAACUCAAUAUCAACAGUUGCGUGAGAGGAAGGAAGCAGUGAGGCUUUUGAGACGAAAACAUGAAGCUCGGCUUCAAGACCACGUAAAGCAUUGCCUGCCACUGAGAAAAAAACAUCUGCAAGACAGGAGGAGAGAAAUAGAAGCAAGGGGAGACUGACUCACUUGUUUGGAUUCGCCCACAAGGUGUUCCUGUAGACGUUUGGCGUGUCACCAGCAAGAGGUCAAAGAUGUCUUGGCUGUCACCAGUGCAGUGGGCCAAAUGGACCUGGUCAGCCGUUAGAGGAGGAGGGGAGGAAGAAGCUGAGAUUGAUUUGAGGAUGGACGACGAAGCCCUCACGGACGAGGCACGACAGGCUAUGCAAGGAGAUCAAGAGGACGACGAAAGGUCUCAUGGCUGCAGUUCGGACUCAGAGGGCCAAUUUGAGACACCUGAAGCUGAGAUGCCUGUCCAUCAGCCAUUGGAUGAACCAAUCACCGAGAGCACAGGUUUCCCAGAAUUAAACCAGUUGACCUCCAUCACAACCAAAACCCAGAACCUGACCCUGGACGAGAGCUUUUCUGAGGAUGCACCUGCCCCGGUGGUGCGACAGAGCAGUGUGGAACCAAGCCCAACCCUGAAACUCUGGAACCAGCCUUCCUCUGUUGAAAUGGAUGUGGACCAACCCGAUCCUGCUGAAGCAGUUACAACAGAUGACACCAACACCUGCAAUGGUCACAUUGAAGAGCCAUUCUCCAAACCACAGACCAAGUCCCUCAAGCCUAGACCUCCUUCCCUCAAGGUGAAGGCCCCACUGAAUGGUGUAGACCCUAAUGAGGUGGAUGAUGAUCCUCCGAUACUUCCAGUGGGGAGCUACAAGUUUGACCCUGAUCAGUUUGACGAUACCAUAAAUGUAUUCACGACUGAAGGGUCCAAGUUGCAGAACUCUUCACCUGCCAAUGCCAGUAUUCCUAAAACAGAGUUGAUGGACAACAUGCCUGCUCAGCCAGUAAUGCUGGAGUUUGGACUUGAUGAUGCCGAAGCAAAGAGACCUCCACCCAAGAAGUCUGGAAAGAAGACAAGCAACAAGCUGACUACUUCAAAAAAACAGAGACCAAAAGCUGCAGAAACAGCAGCUCCACCACUAGAGACCUCAUCAGAACAAGACCAACCGCCAUCAGAGAAUGUGGAUCCCUUGAGCGUUGAUGAUAUUCCUAUUCCUAAAAAAUCCUACAACUUUGACCCAAGUCAGUGGGAUGAUCCCAAUUUUAAUCCUUUUGGUGGGAACAAUAAACGUAGUAACUCGCCAACUCUUCCUAAAGCAUCGUAUAAUUUUGACCAUGAUAACUUUGAUGACUCUGUUGAUCCUUUUAAUCCAUCAAAGACCUUAGAUGGAAAUGACACGAUUAAACCAACGACUGAGAAGCUUACGGACAAACACAAACCAGAGGGAACUGUGGAGCAGCGGAAGAAAGCAGGACAGUCUCCGAAGAAAAACAAAGACAGGAUCAUCACGAACUCAUGUAAAGUAAAGAAGUAUGAGAAUCAGUCCUUAGUCCUGGAUGUCUGCAAUCAGGAGAAAGAUGUGCAGGAAGAUCCUGCAUCUAAACUGCCCCACCGCGUCCAUCACGCCACAGAUGAGGAGAAGUUAGCCUCCACUGUCAUGGGCCAGAAGGACGGGCCAGAGGAGUUUUCAGACUGCACCAAAACAACCACCUGUACCAAGACUGCAGAUGAUCUGCCAGUGGGCAUAACAGACCAGUUUGAUGAGAAGGACCUUUCCUCUCCUAGUGAGAGUUUGUGUAAGAGUCUCUCAGCUCUCAGCUCUUCAGACAGUGAGACCAUAGCGAAAACGAGUCCAGGGCUGGAUUCAAUCUCUCUCAGUGAGAUGGAUAAAGCAGCAGUGCUCACACUGAUUAGAGAAGAGAUAAUUACCAAAGAGAUUGAAGCCAAUGAGUGGAAGAGGAAAUAUGAAGAGAGUAGACUAGAAGUUACUGAAAUGAGGAAAAUAGUGGAUGAGUAUGAGAAGACGGUAGCUCAAAUGAUAGAAGAUGAGCAGCGAAAGAACAUAGGAUCUCACAAAAGCGUCCAUCAGUUAACCGUGGAGAGAGAUCAAGCCCUUGCUGACCUCAACUCAGUGGAACGCUCGUUUUCCGACCUGUUCAGACGCUACGAAAACAUGAAGACCGUUCUUGAGGGCUUUAAGAAGAAUGAGGAAGUGCUAAAGAAGUGCGCUCAGGACUACCUCACACGCGUCAGGCAGGAGGAACAACGUUAUCAGACCCUCAAAAUCCACGCAGAGGAGAAACUUGACAAAGCGAAUGAGGAAAUAGCUCAGGUGCGAACUAAGGCCAACGCAGAGAGCGUGGCGCUGAACGCCAGCCUGAGAAAAGAGCAGAUGAAGGUGGAGUCCCUGGAGCGGGCAAUCGAACCGAAGAAUCAAGAGAUUGAAGAGCUUACUAAGAUUUGUGAUGAGCUCAUUGCAAAAAUGGGCACCACGGACUAAGAGGAAGGAGAACCCACCCUGACCAAGAACGCCACUGGAUCUCCCAUUUUAUUUUAUUUUUCUCGUUUUGGAAAGGAGUCACUUUUCCAUGGGUCUGGCUCAGGCACUGGAAGAAACAAGAUAUGAGCUGAAGAAUCAAAUAAAAGUCCCAAAUGUUUUUACAGAUUCAUAAAGUGCUGAUGUUGGACUUACACACUGAUAAGUGGUGGAAUAAAAUGUUUCUUGAAGAGGGUGGGAAAAACCACCCACAUAUCUCAUUCUGAUGACUUUCUGCUGGCUGUUAUGGCAGCUGUGUGUAUGAGUGUUUGGGAGAGCCCUCUGGGUGUGUGUUCAGGUGUAAAGGAACAGACAUGGGAUGAGGGUCAUUGGCCUUGUUCAUGGUUUACAUGAUCGCACUGCUGCUAUUUAUAAUGGAGGGAGCAAAUCAUGUUAUUUGCAACUUUUUAGUUCCAUUACUUGCAUUGGAAAGUACUGUAACCUGUGUAAUUUUUUUUGUUAUAUAUUAGAGGUCCUGAUACAAGUUUAAGAAAUAUCCCGAGUUCAGUACAAGAUCAGUUGACAGCACUGGUGGUGUAAUGUUGAUUACCAUGAAAAUUCAUCUGUAAAAAAAAAAAAA